CAGGCUCCACCCAUGGGGCUGCUCCAUAUCUGUGGGCCCAAGUGGAGCUCAGCCAUUACCCGUGAUUUCCAGGACAGCCAGCACUGAGUUCCACAGGAGCCACAACGCACACUGGGAAACAUGGGUCUGAAGCUGCUCGAGUCCAGACUUUGUCUCCUUCUGCUUCUGGGACUUGUCACAUGCCAGCGACCAACCCCUUCCCAGUGGUUUGCCAUCCAGCACAUCUAUAAUAGCUCCUACCCCCAAUGUAAUGCUGCCAUGCUGCGUGUCAACAGUUAUACAGGAAGAUGUAAGGGCAUAAAUACUUUCCUUCAUGCAAGUUUUGCUAAUGUUGUUGGUGUGUGUGGCAAUCCACAUACAACCUGUAAAGACAGAAUCAGUACGAAUUGUCAUAACAGUUCAUCUCAGGUAUCUAUAACUUUCUGUAACCUCACAACUCCGGCAAGGAUUUAUACCCAAUGCAGAUACCAAACUACAGGAUCGUUGAAGUUCUACACAGUUGCCUGUAACCCCAGAACUCCACGGGACAGUCCCAUGUAUCCAGUGGUUCCGGUUCACUUGGAUAGGAUAUUUUAGCUCCGGUGCCAGCACUUUGUACCUGAGCUCAUCUGCUCCUGCCAAGAUCACAGUAGUGAAGAUCCAGUUCCUCUGUCUGCACUGCAUAUCAGCUCCUGUCCUCAUGAAACCUGUCCCUGACUCCUUUUAGUAUAGCUUAACAGAUUUUUGUAAUCAAUAAACACCUUUGCAUA